CUGUGCAACGUUGCGGUGAAAGAAAGCAGGGAAUGGAACGGUGGAGUGGAGUUCUGAGGGUUUCUUUCAAUCGCCGCAACAAAACCUCAUCCUCCUACGUCAGGGUCGCAGCCUCUCUCUGCUUCUCAUCUUCUUCUAAAACCCUAACCUCGCCUUCUGCAAAUGCUGUCUUCUUCAAUGGGGAUCGAGUCCAAGGGACCGGGAAUCCCGUCAUUGAGAAACUCUCGGACUGCCGGAACAUAGCUGAGAUCCUGGUCUCCAAAUUGGGGGCUUCUGUCAAUGCUUGGGUCAUCGAGGCUUCUGUUUUCAAUGGACCGUUUGCUGUUUAUCAGGAAUUCAUCCCAUCAGUGAAUUCUUGGGGAGAGCCGAAGUCUUACAAACCCAAUGGAUUCCCAGCGUCUACUUCGAUUGCUUCGAUUGUCUCAAAGUUCCUCGAAGAGCAGGCAAAAAAAGUGAUCCAAAGUGGACAACAAGAACCAUCUCCGGCCAACAUGCAUUAUGUGGCAUCUGAACCAUGCCCCAAUCAGCCCAAAACAAUCAUCAUUGGGUUUAGCAAGGGUGGGACGGUGCUCAACCAGCUGCUUUCUGAACUCGCCCACUUAAAACAUGAACCUGCCAGGAUCUGGGAAGAGAAUGCCAUCUUCCCUAGUUCGGAAAACAGCCUCUUGAGAAGCAUCUCCGACUUUCACUAUGUUGAUGUUGGCCUAAACUCUAAGGAAGCAUAUUUGACUGAUGCCAAUGUGAUCAAGAAAAUUUCUGAACACCUUUCACGGGGCACUGAUGGAAUGCGUUUUGUACUUCAUGGCACUCCCCGACAAUGGUGUGACAGCAGCCGGCCAUGGAUCCGGAAUGAAAAGGAUAGGUUGUUGCAGUUACUAGAAGAGGAAGCUCAUAGGAGUGGAGGCAAAUUACAGGUGCAUGAGAGAUUCUAUUUUCCUGAUAGACCUCCAAAUUUGCAAAUGCAUUUUGAAAUAAUUGAAAAUUUGGACAUGAGUUGAAGUU